UGUUCCUAGCUGUACUAUUGCUGAUUUCAAGUAGUAAGUGAAGUCAACCGGUGUCGCGUGUUCUGCAAAUAAACAUCACAAGUUGGACCAGUUGGACGUUACAUUGCGUUUCGUUUCGUUUUUGAUGGCAAUUGAAACUUCGGAAAAUAAAGAGAUGGAAGAAGAACCUGUUCAACCUGGAGCAUCACAAGCUGAUUUCAUUAAACAAGACUUGAACUUUGACAUAGACCCAGAAGAGCCACUGACAAAAGCUGCAUUAAACGAACAUCCACCCGAAGAGUGGAUAGACAUCCUAGGAAAUGGCCAAUUGAAGAAAAAAGUAAUAAAACAAGGAAAAAAUGGAACGAGACCAAAUAGGUCUGACAUUUGCAUAUUGGACAUCAUUGGAAAAUUACAAGAUGGCACGAAGGUUGAAGAAUAUAAAAACCUUAAAAUUCAAUUGGGUGAUGUUGAAGUGAUUCAGGGAUUAGACCUGGCAAUCGCAUUAAUGGAUGUUGAAGAGAUUGCUGAAAUUGUAGUUGACCCGCGAUUCGCUUAUGGCUCUUUAGGAGACGAACCAAAUAUUCCAGCCAGUUCCACGAUUACAUACACGGUCGAAUUAAAAUCCAGUGAAAUGGAGGAAGAAAUAGAAACGCUCACCGUCAGUCAGCGUAAAGAGAUCGGUAAUAAGAAACGGGAGCGUGGAAAUUGGUGGUUUACUCGUAAUGAACCGACACUUGCGAUUCAGUGUUACCGGAGAGCACUGGAAUAUUUGAUGCCGUCGGAAAGUCGUUCUGGUCAUCAGAAUGAGGUAGAAGACAAUAUCACCGAUGCAGAAUUGCAAUCUUUACUAGAGGACCGUAUGAAAGUGUACAAUAACUUAGCUGCUGCGCAAAUGAAAACGCAAGCUUAUGAUGCAGCUUUGAAGAGUGUAGAAAGCGUUUUAAGUUGUCAGCCACAAAACGUGAAAGCAUUGUUUAGGAAAGGAAAAAUUUUGCACUAUAAAGGAGAGCACGGGUUGGCUUACCAAACGUUGCUACAAGCAUCGAAAUUGGAACCGGACACGAAAGCUAUCCAAUCGGAAUUGGCUAUUUUGAAAGAAAAGAAUGCCAAGGAUGCUCAACACGAGAAACAUUUGUAUCGUAAAAUGUUAGGCACGCAUAAAAGUGACAAUACCUUACCCAAAAAUAGGAACAAGGAAAUUAAAAGUAAAAGCACCUCGAAACUUACAUGGAGCUUAAUCGGCGGAGCAACUGCAGCGAUUUUAGGUGUAGUCCUGUACAGAUUUGUUUCGUGAAAAAUAUUUGCAAAUCAACCGAAACGAAAGGCAACGUCCA